AUGACGUUCUUGUCCUUCUUCAAGUGCGCCAAGGGCACAAACGGCGCCCACAAGGAGACUGACGUUGUGGAGAACUUCUUCCAAACUCAGGCGAGCAGCCAGUCCCACCUCUUCUCGCCUCAACUUACUGACGAAGCUACUCCCAACGAGGUGGCGCGUCGCCAUUUCAGGCCUGUCCUUCCUCCCGUCUUCUCAUCGCCCAGCGGAAUCGUCACUGUUCCAUGCAAAGAUACAGAUCUCAUCAACAAGCAGGAUGAGGUGAACAACGCCCCUCACGUGUUGUCUCAAGGCGAUCACGAGAUUUUGGCCGGUCUCUUCCCCAACACCAUCAACACAGACUUUUGUCUCCUCACUGCAGCUUCCGGAGACCUCCGACCUCCCUCGGAGCCUCUCCGCGUCGGCGUCGUCCUCUCUGGCGGCCAAGCCGCAGGCGGUCAUAACGUCAUCUGUGGAAUCUUUGACUACGUCAAGCGCGUGAACCCAGCAAGCACUGUGUACGGUUUCCUCGGGGGCCCGCAUGGCGUCUUCAGCCACGAGUACGUGGAGCUUACGGAAGCGGUGAUCGACAGAUACAGAAACAUGGGUGGUUUCGACAUGAUCCGCAGCGGCCGUCACAAGAUCGAGACUGAUGAGCAGAAACAGAAGAGCUUGGAAAUCUGCGAGAAGCUGCAGUUGAACGGCCUCGUCGUCAUCGGAGGCGAUGACUCAAACACCAACGCUGCAAUCCUCGCCGAAUACUUCAAGUCCAAGGGCAGCUCGACCGCCGUCUGCGGGUGCCCCAAGACGAUCGAUGGAGACCUGAAGAACCGCUUCGUCGAAAUCUCCUUCGGCUUCGACACUGCAUGCAAAACCUACUGCCAGCAAAUCGGCAACCUGAUGCGCAACGCGAUGACUGGAGGCAGCACCUACCACUUUGUUCGCCUCAUGGGCCGUAGCGCUUCCCUCAUCACCCUCGAGUGCGCUCUCCAAACACACCCGAACUACACUUUCAUCGGCGAAGAAGUGCUGGCGAAAAAGCAGUCUCUGCGACAGCUCGUGGAGGCUCUCGUCGACCUCGUCGAGGCUCGCCACGCCCAGGGAAAGCAGUACGGUGUGGUCCUCCUGCCUGAGGGCCUCAUUGAAUUCAUUCCCGAAGUCGGCGUGCUGAUCAGCGAGAUCAAUCACAUCGUUGCUGAGGGCGACUUCGAAGUCUCCAAGUUGACGCCCGAGAGCCGCGCCGUCUUCGAGGAGCUUCCCGACUCGACGCGCCAGCAACUCCUGCUCGACCGUGACCCGCACGGAAACGUCCAGGUGGCGAUGAUUCACACUGAGAAGCUGCUCAUGCAGAUGACGGAGGCCGAGCUGCACAAGCGUCAGUUCAAGGGCACCUUCCUGGCGCAGUCCCACUACCUCGGCUACGAGGGCCGCAGUGGCUAUCCGUCGGACUUCGACGCCACGUACUGCUACGGCUUGGGGAACGUGGCAGGCGCUCUCAUUCAAAACAAGGUGACUGCUUGCAUGGCCGUCUUGAAGGACAUGAGCGCGUCGCCGAACCCCCUUGACUGGAAAGCAGCUGGUAUCCCUCUGACGAAGAUGAUGAAUUUGGAGACCCGCAAAGGAAAGGCAAACGUCCCUGUGAUCAAGAAGUUCCUUGUUGACAUUGAGCGACCUCUCUUCCAAACCUUUGCUCAGGUUCGCGACGCCAUGCGCCUGCAGGACGUGUACCAGAUUCCGGGUCCGAUGCAGUUGAACACGCCGACACCGGUGCUGCCGUUCACUUUGGUGGGUGCGCCGUCGGCAGCCUCUCUGUUGUCGUCUUCUUCGCCCCAGAGUCUCGGCCACGACCGCCUCGAGUUCGACGCCCUCGUGAAUCCUUUGCUCCUGCAGAAGGAGACAACCGUCGCUCCUGCGGGCGCUGCGCACGCCUCGGCAGAGGCCUGUAAGGCCCAUAUCGAGGCACUCUUCCCCGCGUUGGGCGCGGAGACGAAGGACUUCUUGGGAGGCGCAUGCAAGCUGCAAAAGGCGGAGAAACUCAAGGAGAAGUGCUCCGUCGGCGUCGUCCUCGUCGGCCCCGAACGCCCCGGGUACUCGAACAUUCUCUGCGGCCUCGUGCAGCGCGUCGCCCUCGUCGGAGGCACUGUGAAAGGCUUCAAAGGUGCGCGAGGUCUCCUCACGAACGACUGCGUCGUCGUCAGCGAGAAGGACGCCGCCACGCAAAGGAACCAGCCAGGUUUCGUCCUCCUCGGCCGCACCGAAGACGCGGAAUCUGAGCUCUUCACCAAGGAGGGCCUCAAGAAGGCAGCUGCGACGCUCCAGGCUGCGGGUGUCUCGACACUGGUGAUGAUCGGCGGGACGACUCUGCAUGCGGCAGCUCUGUCGGAACUCGUGGCGUCGCAGGGACAGGCCACCCGCGUCGUUUGCGUCGAGCCUUCUGGCGACCUCGGCAGGUUCCCCGCGUGCGGCGCUCUUCAGCUCCUCAAGGAAAUCACCGGAAAAGACAUCGUCGUCGGCAGCUCGGAUGCCAAAGCGUGCCCCGGCAUCACCUCGACCUUUCAGCAGCUCGCCGGUUGUCGCGGGCUCGGUUUCGACACUGAAACCAAAGUUGCGUCUGAGAUGAUUGCCAAUCUUUUGACGGACAGCAACAGCGCAGCAAAGUACUUUUAUUUCUGCCAAGUGUCCGGCGGCCUCGACGCCGAGUGCGAAGUGGGUCUGCAGACGCACCCGAACUUCGUCCUCUCUUCUGCGCAGUGCAAGACCAAGACUCUCGGCGACAUGGUCAAGUCCGUUGCGGAUGCUGUGAAGGCCCGCGCAGCUCUGAAGAAGAACUUUGGUGUUGCCGUCAUCAACGAGAACCUCUUCGCCCUCAACAAGGAGCUCCGCCAUCUGGCUUUGGAAAUGCACCUCCAUUUCUUGGCGCAUCCUCCCACGCCUGCAACAGGCGUCUGCCUGGCCUUGACCGCCGAGGAAGAGGCGGGUCUGACUGCUGCGCUUUCGCCGGCGUCCCGCGAACUCUUUGCUUCUCUGCCCGUCGCGUUCCAGCACAAAUUGAUUCGUGACAUUGAAGUCCAGAAGUACCCCAAGGCCAUCCUCCGAUUCCCUGCUCAUGAAAUGAUCGCUGCCAUGGUUGCAGCGACUUUGAAGAAGGAGAAGGAGGCAGGGACCUUCACAGGCAGCUUCUCUCCUCUCUGCUUCGAAUUCAGUGACUCGCUCCGAGCGUCGUACCCCUCGUUGUACGACUGCAGUUUGGGGUCGACUCUGGGUCACCUGAGUGCCAUCUGCGCGACGACGCAAGCGCUGCCGUCGCAUGCGGUUCACGUCAGCGUGGCGAACCCGACGAGCUCGCCAACUAUCUUCGAACCUCUCGUCAUGCCGCUGGCUGCUGCUGCGGCUCAAGUGCACCGCUUGGCGCCCGCCGCCUCGCCCUCCUCGGUCUCGGAGACAGCCGUGAACGGCGUAUUCUCGGUAGCAGAGGGCGACGCGCUCUUCUCGCUCUCGGACAGCGCCGCCGAGGGUGUCGUCUCCCAGCUCGUGUCUCAGGGCAUGCAGGGAGGCUGGGUCGAAGCCGAGAAAUACUGCAACCCCGGCCCUCUGCAGUUCCGCGAACCCGCAAAGGACUACUACUACUCUCGGGCUCUCUUUGAAACCCUCAAGGGCGCGAUGAGGGGCGAAGCCUGCGGAGCGGCUGCAUGCAGAGACCAGUAA